AUGGCCAACAACAAUCUGAACCGCCCGCUCAACACUAAUGUGGCUGAUUCUUCCAACUCCAGCUCAACACCUGGCACUGCUCCACCACCGUCUUCCAGCGACCCCCAAGUGCUCGGCCACCAGGCUCCCAGUUCCAGCGCCUCCAGCCUCACCGAGGACUGCUCGUCCAGUCUUGCGAGAGACCUGAACAGCUACAAUAAUGGUCAGUCCGGGGCAACUGGUGCGGUGUCCUGGGAAGCUCCCCGUGAACCCUCAGGGGCUAACGCAGUGUCGCAGAUCCACCCGGGGAAUGGCGAACAUGGCCUGCAGCAGAAGCCUAAGCCACAGAAGGUGAGCGGCUCCAGCUCCCUGGCCACUUCUGAGCGCUAUAAGACUGAGCUAUGUCGGCCCUUUGAGGAAAGCGGCAUUUGCAGGUACGGCAACAAGUGCCAGUUCGCGCAUGGCUACCGCGAACUGCGUACCCUGUCAAGGCACCCCAAGUACAAGACGGAGCCUUGCCGCACCUUCCACAGCGUUGGCUUUUGCCCCUAUGGCACUCGCUGCCACUUCAUUCACAACCAGCCCAAGCAGCAACCUAUGCUUUCCGAGAGCAUUGAGGAGCCCAGCUCCUUCAAUGGCUCCAAUGUGCUGCAUUUGGGCGUUAACGGGGAGCAGCAGUCCGGACUGCAGAGUGACAACCCUUCGGGCUUCCUGUCGGUCAACAGCCAAGCCCUCCAGGCACCUCUGCUGCUCAACCAGCAGGCGUUGAGCUCAGGCGGGGUCCGGAUGAUGUGCUGCAGAACAUCAUCCUCUACUACAGCCCAAGACGCUGACAAAGACCCCGACAAAGAUGCUGACAAAGACCCGUACAACAACUCUGCCAACGAUGCCCUCGCUUUCCCCCAGGAGCCAGGUGACUUCUCUCCUGUGGCAUUCCAGAACCCUAACAUUGCUACCACGACUCCCACUGUCUCCUACAACAACCAGCAGCAGAUGGGCCUGGCAGCUUCCGCGCAGUUCCAGAUGCCCCUUGCCAGGCCUCUGCCUUCAGCCACCAUCUUUGGCCAGGCCGGUGUUGGUCCUGCCCUUACUCCUGGUGCUGCCAUGGCUCCUGGAGCUGCCCUUGCUCCUGGGGCAGCCCUCACUCCUGCGGCGGCCCUUGCUCCUGGGGCGGCCAUGGCUCUUGGAGCUGCCAUGGCUACUGGGGCUGCCAUGGCUACUGGAGCUGCCCUCACUCCUGGGGCAGCCAUGGCUCUUGGAGCUGCCAUGGCUGCUGGGGCGGCCCUUACUCCUGGAGCUGCCAUGGCUCCUGGGGCUGCCAUGGCUACUGGGGCUGCCCUUGCUCUUGGGGCUGCCAUGGCUACUGGGACUAACCUCACUCCUGGGGCUGCCAUGGCUCUUGGUGCUGCCAUGGCUACUGGAGCUGCCCUCGCUCCUGGGGCAGCAGUGGCUCCUGGGGCGGCCCUUGCUCCUAGGGCUGCAUUCGCUCCUGGGGUGGCGGCCCUCGCUCCUAGGGCUGCCCUUCCUCCUGGGGCUGCCCUCCCUCCUGGGGCGGCCCUCAUUCCUAGGGCGGCUCUUGCUCCUGGGGCUGCCCUCACCCCUGGAGCGGCCCUCACUCCUGGGGCGACCCUUGCUCCUAGGGCGGCUCUCGCUCCUGGGGCUGCCCUUGCUCCCAGAAUUACCAUCACUUCCCGGGCUGCCAUCACUCCGGGAGUUGCUAUUGCUCCAGAAGUUGCCACAGCCUCUACCGGCAUAUUGGCUCCAGGUGCUGCAACUGCCACUGUGGGCAAUGCAUCCUCUACUACUAUCUCUGCUGCCACUGCUGCAGAGGGUGCCGCACCACACUUCACCUUCCAACUGCCAGAUGUCGAGUCGGAGUCUGAGUCUGAGUCGCUAGAGUUCGACGUGGUCACCAGCACCCUGGAUUCCCUGUUGGUCAGUGAUGAUGACGAUGAAGACGACUUUCUGAGGCGGUCCUCGAGCUCCAGCAGCCUCAAUGACUCCGAAUUCGACAACACCAACUCCAGCCGCCGUCUGCCCAUCUUCAGCCGCUUCUCAGACUCUGAAAAAUGA